AUGACCUUCAGACUUCGUAUUACGCAGGCGGAGGUGUGCGUGAUGCGCGCGCCAGCAGGGGGCGGCGUGUCGUGCGCAGGAGUGCCGCGGUGGUCGCACUCCGCGCCUGCGCACCAGGCCGACUAUGACAACACUCCCGCGCACACGCAUCCCGUGUUCCUCCAUGACGAUCAUAUUAAUAGCCGGUUUGCUAUAUGGCAAGGUGACAUAUCUUCCCUAGAAGUGGAUGCUAUCACGAACACCACAGACGAGUCGUUGACAGAAUGCAAUGCGAUCAACGAACGCAUCCUCCAAGUCGCGGGACCUGAGCUCAAGGAAGAAAUUAUCACCAGGGGAUAUGGCACGAUCAGGCGCCACCUGGAGGCGCACCGGUCGCCGGCGCUGGUGGUGCUGUGGUCGUGGUGCGGGCCGGACGUGGCGCUGUGGAGCGCGCUGGCGCCGCUGUACUUCCCGCGCUCGCCGCGCGAGGCCGACGCCGCGCGCUGGCGCCUGCCGCACGACGCGCUGCACCACGACCGACGCAUCCGCAUCAUACACAACCCCCACUCACAUAACUCUGAUACCGCUGAAGAUGACACGUCGACGUACGACGAGGAGGCGGCAGUGGAAGCGGCUGCAGCGUUUGCCCGCGCGUGCGCACCCGACACGCAGCGCCUGCUCGCGCCAGCCAAUCAACGACAGCCUUAUGAACGGAGACCGCGCAUCGACAACCAAGACCAGUAA